GGAAGACACGGUGAGGGCGGGGCAGUGUGGAGCCUAAGCCGGGGUCAGCGGGAGGACCGGGAGGAGGAGGUCCAGCUGACACACGUCAACACUCGUCAUACUCCACUACUCUCAUCUUACUAACCCCGCUACCUCCAUUUCAUCUUUCCAGUAGAGAUAACAUUAUAAUCAAGAGAGAGAAAAUCACCAUGAAGAGUUAAAGAAAAAAGAUUAAAGAAACAACGAGGCCCUACAAACUACCUUGCUACUAACUCAUAUGGAAAAAAACCUUAAGUAACCCGGAAGGUGAAGAGAACUGUGACUCUGUGGUGGUAGACAGCAAAGAGGACUGACCAAGUUCCUGCAGUGACUGUUAUAUCCAGACAACAUCAGCUAAGAAGAUGCCUGAAGUAGACCAGAGUAAGGAGGUGAAGGUAGAGAAGGUGGAGGAGGUGGAAGUGGAGGGCAAGUCAGAUGUACCAGAUGAGGAGUGGAUUGAUAUACUGGGCACUGGAGACCUCAAGAAGAAGGUGAUAACACCCGGCAUAGUUGAGUCGCGGCCGUCUAAAGGCAGCACUGUUGUGAUCAGUGCACACGGAAAACUUGAUAAUGGCAAAGAAGUGGACAUACAUGAACAGCUGACAUUUACAGUCGGUGAUAGUGAGGUGAUUAUUGGUCUGGACAUGGUCAUACCACUGAUGGAUAAAGGAGAAGUUGCUGAAGUUUAUGUUGCAUCCAGAUUUGGUUUUGGCAGCAAGGGUCUUCCCCCUGAUAUUCCCCCAGACAGCAAUAUUACCUACAAAGUGGAACUUGUGGAUUAUGCACCAGAGGAGGAACCUUGUUCAUUACCCAUAGCCGAGCGCAAGGUCAUCGGAAAUCGUAAGCGGGAAAGGGGAAAUUGGUGGUUCAACAGGGAGGAGUACACCAUGGCCAUACAUUGCUACAGUGCAGCUAUUGACUUCCUUGAUGAUGCUCAGGAGGAGUAUGGGGAUAACAUCAAACCAGAAGUGAAGGAAAUACUGACAGAACGACUGAAGGCCUUAAACAACAUGGGAGCAGCACAGAUGAAGAUUGAGGCAUAUGACAUGGCCUUAAAAUCUCUGGACACAGUUUUGAAAUGUCAACCCAAUAAUGUAAAGGCGCUGUUCAGGAAAGGGAAGGCAUUGGGUCUACAAGGGAAAGUGAAAGAGUCCAUCGCCUUACUGAAAGUGGCCUUGGAACUUGAACCUGAAUCGCGCCUCAUACACAUAGAACUGGCCAAGAUGAGGGAGAAGGCUCGCAUUGAGGCUGAGUCUGAGAAGUCUCUGUACAGACGUAUGUUGGGACUGAAGAAGGAAGUGACUCAGGCUGACCAACGGUAUCCAGUCAUUAAAAGUUUUCCAUGGAAGACUUGGAUGACUGCCUUUGUAGUUAUGUUGAUAUCUCUGAUGGUCUACCAUAACAGAACUUCGCUGUCCAGACUCUUCAAGUAAUGUGUAGUAGAGAUUAAGGAGAAGCCACUACCAAGGUAUUAUUUAUUUGUUAAUUACAAGUUGAUCUCCUUGGUAAGUAAACUGUCAUUACUAAAUAUUAAAUAAUUAUGAGUCAAUUAACAUGAAUGUAACCAUUUGAAAAGUACAUUUAGUUGUGCUCUUAUUCUUUAGUACUUUCUAACUCUUAGUAGUGGUAGAUUUACUGAUAUCUUAUUCUUUUUUUCUGAAAUUGUGGAGUUCUAAGAUCAUAUACUUAUUUAGGAAGUAUUUUAAGUACAGUAGUGUAUUAUUGAAAUCAGUGGAACAAAGAUUGAACCCUUCAUGUAUUACCAGUGUCUUAAUGCUUCUUAAAAUUAUUUAUAGCUUUUCCAUUAACGAGAAAAGAAAAGUGUUUAACAGUAACACACAACUCUUGUCUUUUAACUGGAAAAAUUAAGUCGACGAAACCACAGCGUUCAUCUUGAUUUAUAAAUACGUGACCAUCCUACAUUACAUAAUUUCCACGUUGACGACUAACUUGAUAUUUUUAGAACACUGUCUUCUGUUGAUAAGAGUUUUAAAACAUAAUUAUACUUUUUCUUUCAGUAGGUAGGUAACAUAAGGAUGCCAUACAUGACAAACAUUACUCAAAUGAUCAAAUGGUAGAUUUUAAAGUAACUUAAUAUUACCAGACUUGAAAAUUAUAUCUGUAAUAGCAUUUUUUUACAAUGUACUUCUUAUCCUGUUGUAGAUUUUUGGUAGACUGGUUGACAUGGCUGUACCUUGUAGCACCAGGAACGUAGAUAUUUUGCAGUUUUUCAUCUUUUAAGUAAGUCUAGUACACGAGUAGUAAUAUUUGGUAAAUAAUUCACGUAUGUAUUUAAAGGUUGCGAAGAAACUGGCCAUAGUAGAGAGAGAUGUUCCAGACUUGUGUACUGUAUUCAGUCUAAUGCCUAAACAUUUACAGGGUUCUAUCAAUGUUCUUUACAAAUCAUCAUGUCUUCUAUUUUCUAGGAAUGCUGCUGAUUUUCAUUAUGUUCAAAAAUAUGUCUUUGUGCUAUUUUAAUUAACUUGUUGUUUUAUUCCUAUUUAUUUCUGACAGAUGGUGCAGUUAUUUAGGGUUUUUUUAUUUUCAAGUGGAUAUCCAAUUUAUGAAAGGAUGGAAACUUUCAUUAUAUUAAUCAGCAGGUUUCUACCAUUCAGUUUUUUAUGUGGUUAAAGAAUAAUAUAUUUAGUUGUAAUAUAUAAAAUUAUUGUCAAAUGGAAAAUAAUUUUAUUUUAUGAUGGAAACUAAUUCUUGGAAGAUAUGUAAUACUGUACCUGUACUGUAUUAUGUCUCUUGUUCUGUUGCACAAAAAUAAUAAUAAUAAUAAUAGUAUUGUAAUUUUUGUAAUGUAUAGUUGUAAUUUGAUGUUUGAAAUAUGUCCAGAAUUUAGGCAAGCAAUAUCUGCAAUAUCUCUGGUAGAAAUUAUAUGCACACACUUUAGAGAAUUUAGUAUUCAAAUUCUUUUAUACAUUCUUAAGAAAAAUUGUGUUGGUCCUCUUCCA